AUACACGCUAGUGAUCUGCGAUGACCGGGGUAUCCUCUCUGCCCACUGAGCCACUUGCUUCCGCUCGACCGCGGAGCUCUCCCCAAUCAUGAUCCUCUGAACACAACUAUUGUACGGAUUACAACUCUGCACCAUAGAUGGAUACUAUGUGCAGUGGGAUACACCCCGGGCCAGUCAGUGUUCCAUUUUACAUUACAGAUGCUACUUGACAUCGCACCGCAGCUAUCACGAUGGAACCCAAAUGCCCCUUCCUUGGGUUGUUCCACGAUUUGUCGGCCCUUGAUAUAAAGAGAGACACUUCAACCAAGGUCAGAUGUCUAGGCUCUCUGUGUCAAGUUUCUGAACAACCCUACUAAAGGACGCCAUCAAUGUAUCCUUCUAAGCGGCACAACGGCCGGAUGGUUCAGCCUGAGCUGUGGAUCGGAUUGUCUGGACGGCCCUCAACACGCAUGGGGCCUCACUCAAAUAUGCCCAAUCAUACUCUCUUCAAAUGGCCGGCCCGAGGAUUCGCACGAUACAACACGAUACGGUACACAUGUCGUGAUUCUACGGGCGCUUACAAUACAAGAGAAUGCCUAGAAGUGACUUACCCAUCUUCUUACCGGACGGGCGAUCCGGUUGAUAGGAAGUACGAUCCUUGGUUGCGCGUUUUCUAUUCCCUGUCACCUUGCUCCAAAUAUAUCCGGUCUCCCACGCCAAGUGUCUCCAAAAACGCGGGGAAGCCCUUCACUCUCCAGUGGCUGACUUGGCGACAGGCUCGAGUGGGUCGACGAGCAAAGAGGUUCUGUCAUCUUGUCACGUCAAAAAGACUGUUUCAAAUCUUGUACAAGCACGAAGCACAUAAGUGCGUCUUCGUCCGUCGAGAAGCCAAAGCCCCUUGUUCGCCACCACGGUUUUCGUACUCGGUUUCACCAAGUGCCGCAGCCGCAACAUACGACGCGGCCCUUACACAUGUCCCGUUCCACGACAGCUUUGCACUUCCAGCCUACCGGUACACACAGAGCGAGGUUCCUGUGCGGCUAGGCGUCUCGCACUAG